GCGUGUACCCUGUGCUUACAAUUACACCAAUUCCGCUUUCUUUUCAACGGCACGUUACACGCACAGCCGAUAGCAUGGCGCAACAUUUGGCUCGCAUUCACGGCACGGAAGAAGACAAGGUCAAUUGUCCGUUUUACUUCAAAAUUGGUGCCUGUCGCCAUUCGGACCGCUGCAGUCGUCUGCACCACAAACCGGCCUUUUCGCAGACUCUCCUGGUGCAGCACCUGUACCGACAUCCCACGCGACAAGCUGAACUGCGCGCCGCUCACGGUGGCGAUGCACACGUCGACCCCAGACAGGCACAGGAAGACUUUUUUGCCUUUUUCGAAGACCUUUACGUCGAGUUUUCCAAAUUCGGACGCAUUGAAGGAAUGCACGUCGUCGAUAAUCUCGGGGAUCACAUGAUCGGACACGUCUACGUCAAGUUUGCGGAUGAAGAGCAAGCCAGUGACGCCUUACAGGUCAUGAACGGACGGUACUACGACGGACGACCCAUGAUCAUCGAAUUCUCGCCCGUGACGGACUUUCGCGAAGCCCGUUGUCGUGACUACGACGAAGACCAGUGCGCCCGACAAGGCUACUGCAACUUUUUACAUUCCAAACCAGUACCGCGCGCUCUCCUUCAGUCACUUGAAGACGACUGCGAAGCCGAUAGAAUCGCCGAAAAGGAACGACGGCGGCGGGACCGGAAAACACAAAAGAAACGCAAACACCGAGACCGCAGUCACAGCGAGGAUCGCUCGUACCGCAAACACGGACGCAGUGACCGGCAUAGGGACGGGUCGGUUUACGACUCGGAGGGCAGUCUAUCCCCCGCACCAAAGCACUAAAUGUAGGCAACACUGCAA